CUCCUAUACACAGUCCUAUCCAUAUGUGGCGAUGUAAUCAUGACCACCGACCUGUCUGCUCUGAUACCCGCAAAGAGCGAGCCGCGGAGACGCGCUUCGCUGGCCUGCCAAAACUGCCGUCAGCGAAAGGUCAAGUGUGAUGCUCAAGGUAUCCAGCCUGGACAGCGAUGUACACCGUGUCAGCGAACGAACAAUCGCUGUUUGUUUAAUCGCAACGGGGACCGUCGAAAGUCGGGAUCACGGAAGCAUAUCGAGACUCUAGAGCAGCGAAUUCACAGUCUUGAAGCUCUUCUCGAUCAAGGAUCCAGACAACGUGUAUACACAGGCGAGGACGAUACUCGUUCAAUCUAUAACAUGUCUCCAGUCCAAGAAACUACCGAAGAAAAUGGCCAGCUGUCUGUGGAUGAUACCGAUUCUCCCAUGUUGAUUAUGAAUGAAAAUGUAACGGCCGAUCCGUUGCCGUCCUCAAAGGGCUGUAUAUCCCCACAGGGAAUGACAUGGCUCGAGAGCGACUUGUCUAUUUCACCUCUUCUCUCUGUGAAUCCAGGAAACCCCGAAACCACACCCCACAAUGGACUUCGCACUAUAGGGGCAAGUGUGUGGCAAGCAGGAAGCCCUUCUGACGGGGACAGAGAACAAGAAGCUGGUAGUCGUAGGAGCAGCAGAAGCCGUGAAGAAGGUUCCUGUGCUCUCGGACCUACUUCCCAGCCUCAUAUUCUCUCACCUCUAGAGCAUCAGCCGAUAUUAACCCAGGACGAGCUUUCUAAGGUUGGGAUUUCGAUGGAUAUCAACUCGGCUCAAUUGAGAAGUCGCCUCCUGCAGUCCUUCUUCAGGUAUCAAACCCUUUGGGUCAGCGUGAUCGAUGAAAAACUGUUUAAUACACACCGAGAGGCUGGUAUUUCAUCUUUCUGGUAUUCACCGUUCCUUGAGAUGGUGAUGCUAGCUUGUGCUGCUCGACUCAGUACAUCUAGCGCCGUGCGUUCUUUGGGACAUAAAUACGCUUCUCAGGCCAAUUCUGGUAUUCUGCUCGCAAUCGAAAAACCGUCUGCCGCCUCUUUGCAAGGCUUCCUGUUAUUGAGCGAAUAUGAAGUAACUCACGGUCGUGAUCGAGUGGGUUGGAUGCUCUGUGGAAUGGCAGCGCGCAUGUUGGUUGACAUUGGCUUGCAUGAACCAAUGUACCUAGAUGAUGAGACUAGCUCCGCCGACUCCCCGAGCCCGCUUCUACACCUUUUCUGCGCAACCAUCUCCUAUGAGGGAAUUUGGUGCAUGUAUUUAGGCCGACCGAGUGCCAUACCCCGAUCAAUAGUCAAGAUCGCCGCUCUUGGAUGCCGAACUUACAAAGGGCAUGAUGCUGCAAUAUUAACUGCGUGGAUGGAGCUAUGUGUGCCCAUGGCUGAAAUCUGUGAUAUAUUGAACAGCGUCCCCGCUGCCCUUGACCCUGCAGCGAAAGCCGCUUUGUUUAGACUGGAUUCGGAUAUACAGAAAUGGUGCGAGGGCCUACCCCCAGGAAUGGCCUAUGAUGAGAACUCCGUUCCGGAUCUCGAUCCAACUGCGUAUGGAAUUCACAUGCAAUACUGCAAAGUCCAGAUUCUCAUUCACAAGGCAUUCCUUAGAGGUGCCGCUACGCACACAUUGGAGAAUGUCCAAUUGCCUGUAUCGACAGGCGUUGAUGACAAUGAGGACUCUGAGCAGAUAAUCUACAAGAACGCCAUUCAAACCAUACGUCUUCUUCUUACAUACAGACAGAUUCAGGGGACUGAGAAAAUACCGUCGGUAAUGCUGGACAAUGUCAACCUUGCAUUGACAGUUCUUAUUACCGAGUUUCGUAAAAAUCCCAGGCAAAUCACGACCAAUUCACGCGAUGUUCAGUGGUUUCGUCUGACAGUCAACACCAUGGACGACCUGCAACCACAUUUCCCUGUAAUCACUCGCAUGCUACGUACGCUUCAGCCAAUGGUGGAGGGGACAGUAUUAGAAGAUCUCUUCUCUUUUAAACAGCCGUCGCAACCAUCUCACCUACCUGCAUCCUCUCCACUGGAACCUAGCUUCCCAAAUACAACAGAGAAAUGCAGCAAAGCUACGACUGGAAUUCCAAGCCGGCAGGUGGAAUGUAGUGAUGAGUUUUCUAACUUUCAGCAGUUGGGAGGAGAUAAAAAUCACUGGAAUAACCACUUAACUGGACAGUUGUCAUCGCUAGACCGGCAAUGGAUGCAUCAAGAUACAGAGGAAUUUACAUCGUCGUUAUUAUCUUGGCCAAAUUUGCAACUUGCUUCCCUCUGGCUUCCACAUCCCACAACAGCCCGGAGCGAAGCCAAUGUAUAAACUGCACGUGAAAUUAUUUUUUGUAUUUAUAUAUUGUGGUACAUAAGAACCACAGUGAAAUCUGUAUAGCUGCUUGCUGAAUUUCCUGUUUACAUCACAAUACUGUACGG